AUGUUAAGAUUUAAUUUUAAACAUUUAAUAUUUUUUAUUUCAACAAUUUUAGUAUUUUUAUUAUCAUUUAUUUUAUCAAAUUAUAUAAAAGCAUUGUUAUUAUCAUCAUUUGAUAUUGAUGUUUAUUCAAAAUAUAUUAAAUCACCGAAUCAAUCAAUGAUUAGUUAUUUUAGAAUUAAAGAAAAUGCUGACUCAUUUCAAUCAGACUCAAAUGAUGGUAUUAUAAAGAGUACAAUUGAUGAAGUUCAAUUAAAAAAUCAAAUUGAGAAUUAUCAAGAUAAAAAUUUUCAAUUAAAAAGUUUUUUAGUUAAAAAUCAAUUUUUUAUAAUAUUUUUAAUUUUACAAAGUAUUUUAUCAGUCAUUUUAAUACCAAAUCUUUAUUUCACCCCUUUUACUUUAAAUGUACUUGUAAAUAGAUUUACAUUUGAAUUUCUUCAACAUCAAUAUAUUAUUUUAACCAAAAUUAGAUUAUUUGAAUAUUAUGGUAUUUAUUCUCAAAAUAGAUUAUUGGAUGAUCUAUCAUUAUCAUUUAGAAAGAAACAAAAAGCUUUAUUAAAAAAGAAUUUAAAUUUCUUAAAAUCAUUUAAAAGUAAAGUUUUUAAAGAUUUGGAAAAGAGAAAAGAAAAUUCAAUGCAAAAUUGGAUUACUUAUACAACACUAGAAUGGUUUUUAACUACAUCCUCAUUUGGUUAUGAUUUAAUGAUUUACAUUUAUCCAUUAUUCAUUUAUAAUCCUUUAAUUUAUCCAACUAAUCAAUUUAGAGGUUGUAUUGUUGCUUAUGUUAAAACAUUAACAAUUAUACAAAGAUUAUCAACAGAAUCAGAAAUUAAAGAUUAUAUUAAAAGAAUCCAACAUUCUGUAGAAUAUAUUGAUGGUUGUAUAAUUGAUUUAAAAAAGAGAGAGAAAAAAGGAGUUUUACCAUGUGUUGAUUCAAUUAUUGGAAUUUGUAAACAUUUAGAAAAAACAAUUUAUUGUGAUAAAAGUAAUCCAAAAAAUCAUUUUAUUUAUAAAUUAGUAUCUGUACAUCUCCAAGGUUUACCAGAUGAAGAUAUUGGUGAAUAUAAAAGAAAAGUACUCUUAGAUCAUACUUUAGGUGCAAUUGUUAAUUUUUUUAUGCCUGCAAUUAGAAAACUAAUAAGAUAUCAUUACAGUUUAAUUCCAAUUGCUCCAAAAGAAAUAGGUUUAUGGAGAAUACCAAAUGGUGAUGAUAUUUAUAGAUUUCAUAUUUAUUAUUUUACAUCAACAACAAUGCAUCCAAUGGAUUUACAAGAAUUAGGUUUAAAAGAAAUUGAAUCUUGUAAAAAGAAAAUAAUUGAAUUGGUACAACCAGAGUAUAUUUUUUGUAAAGGUUAUGAAAGUUUUGGUGAUUUUAUUAGAAGAUUAUUUAAUGAUCCUGAAUUUCAUUUCUCUUUCACAAAAAAGGGAAGAAGAGAUGCAGUACAUCAAUUAAAAAAUUCAAUUACAAGAGCAUGGGAAAAAAGUAAAGAUUUAUUUUAUGAAUAUCCUGAAAGUCCAAUUAAUAUAGAUUAUUAUACAAUUUUCUCUGAUGUUUCAUAUAAUUAUCAAGCUGGUCCAUGGGAUGGUAGUGAAAAUCCAAGAAUUUCAAUUAAUUUCGAUAGAGAAAUUACUUAUUCAAAAUUAAUGAAUAAAGGUUGUGCAUUUAGAGAAGGUGUACCAGGUCAUCAUUUACAAUUAGAAGCAUUUAAAAAUUCAAAUUUAGAUUUCUUUAGAAAAAAUUUGAUUUCAAAUUCAUUUUUUAAUGGAUGGGGAUUAUAUGCAGAAUUAUUAACAAUUGAAAAUGGUUGGAUGGAUAAUAAAUGGGAAGUGUUGGGACAUUAUUUAAUGGAUUUAAGAAUUAGUGCAAAAUUAGUAGCAGAUUGUUCAAUUCAUUACCAAGGUAUUAAAUGGGAUACAAAAACUGCAUGUUCAUUUUUUGAAGAAUUAGGUUUUAGCAAUAGAGAAGCAGAAUUAGAAGUAAAAUGUAUAUCAUCAUUACCAGGAACUGGAUUAUCACAAAAAGUAGGUCAAGUUAAACUUUUAGAAAUGAGAGAAUUUGCAGAACAAGAAUUGGGUGAUAAAUUUGAUAUUAAAGAGUUUCAUAGUGUAAUUUUAGAGAAUGGUUCUCUACCUUUAGAUAUUUUGGCACAAGUUAAUCAAUAUUGGAUAAUUGAAAAAAAACAAAAUAAUAAUCCAUUCCCUUCAUUAUUUAAAAAUAAAACUAAUAUUAUUAAUAAUAAUAAUAAUAAUAAUAAUAAUAAUAAUAAUAAUAAUAAUAAUAAUAAUAAUAAUAAUAAUAAUAUUAAUAAUAAUAGUGGCAGUAGUGGAAGUAGUGGAAGUAAUGUUAAACCCGAAAAAUAUGAAAGUUAUAAAGAUAAAUAA